GCCAUGGCAGUUACACUUCACUGCUUCAUCUUCAAAUUCAAAGCCAACUAAACAAUCCUUUCUUUAUACAUAUAUAGUCGAAAUUACUCAUCAAAGUGAAUAAAAUGAAGUGAAAUUUACUUCUUCUCGCCUCUCAUCGCAUUAUUUAAGGGAUUGUAAUAAUCUCGUCUCCGGUCAUAUAAUGGCGCUUUCCGAAUCGGAAAGUGUUGCCUAUGGAGGCAUCAAGAAAACAGGAUCACCGACGCAAGCACCGGAAUCGCCACAUGAAGAAUCAACGCCGGAUCGGUCGAAUUCUUCCCCGAACAAACAGAAUUCCAUCUUCUCACUUACCCUCGACGAAAUUCAACUCAAGAGUGGGAAGACUUUUGGGUCCAUGAACAUGGAUGAAUUCCUUGCGAAUUUGUGGAACGUCGAGGAAAACCAGCAAGUUAUAUCGCAACCUGAACCUAUUGAUGGUGACAGAGGGAUAGGAUGCCAACCGAGUUUAGCACGACAGGGCUCGUUCUCCGUUCCUACCCCACUUUGCAAGAAAACGGUUGAUGAGGUGUGGUUCGAGAUACAAAAAGAGUUACCGCAACCACGAGAAGCUAACGAUGUGGCUGAUCAUGAACCUCCUCAACGUCAACAAACACUCGGCGAGAUUACUUUGGAGGAUUUUCUCAUCAAAGCGGGAGUCGUUCAAGAACCAUCGGGAUCUUCGCAACAAAACAAGGCAUCCCCUCUUAGGAUCAACGGCGCGAGCUUGGAUGCAAACUAUAUAAUGGAUGCACCUAUUCGAAAUAACAAUGCAAGCAUGGAUGCAAACUUCGGAAUGGGACAUAUGAUAGGUCUCGGAUUCCCCAGACAUCAAAUUGUUAGCAACGGCUAUGCCGCAGGGUACUCGAUUUUUGCACAAACUGUUAUGGGGGAAUCUUCUAAUGGUACCGAAAAUGGAAACCGGACUAACAGUUUGUUACAGCCAGCUGUGGCUCCUCAGAACAAGAAGAGGAUCGUAGACGGUCCACCGGAGGUGGUGGUGGAAAGGAGGCAACGCCGCAUGAUUAAGAACCGAGAGUCUGCCGCAAGAUCUCGAGCAAGGAGACAGGCAUACACAGUGGAGCUUGAAUUAGAGUUGAAUCAACUCAAACGGGAGAAUGCAAAGCUGAAGCAACUUGUGGAGGAAAACGAUAAAAGGCGAAAGGAAGAGGUUUUGAAGAGGAAGAAGGAAUUGACAUGUGCAAAAAAGAAGGUUGAUAAGAUGAUGACAUUAAGGAGGACAGUGAGCUUGGGAUGGUGAACUAAGAAUAUUAAUAGAAAAUCAUAAAUUAAUGUUGAAUACAUAUGCAUAUGUAUAUGUAUACAUCUAAAUAAUAAUAUGUCCAAAUCAAUUAUAAUUUUAGUAUGGUGAAGGGUGUAUGUCAGCAAGUUAUAGAUUGUGUAAUAAUAACUUAUAAUAAUGUUAAACUUCUCCAAUAAUAAAAAUAAAUUUUAAUCCUUGUAUUUUAGUUUAA